AUGAAUGUUGGAAACAACAACCUUGAGGGUAGUUUCCCUUGCAUGCUCCUGUUGAGUUUGCGCAUCCUUCUUUUGCGCUCCAAUAGAUUUUGCGGAGACUUGAGAUGUAGUAAGAGUUGGCCCAAUCUUCAAAUUCUGGAUAUAUCUUCAAAUAUUUUCAGUGGUCGUUUGAACUUGCUAAACUUCUCAAGGUUGAGAGGAAUGAUGCUACAAAGUCCUACACAUGCCAGGCUCAACCACUCUAACUCUAAAUUUUUAGGUGAUGGUGGUUACUACCAAAAUGACGUGACAUUAACUGUCAAAGGGUUUGAGGUGAAGCUUGUGAAGAUUUGGCCUGACUUUACAUGCAUUGAUUUGUCUUCCAAUCGUUUUCAAGGACAAAUACCAUAUGCAAUUGGUAAUCUUAGCUCACUCUAUCUUCUCAACUUAUCCCACGACUCGCUCACUGAUGCAAUCCCAAGAUCAUUGGGUGUCUUGACAGAGCUUGGGUUGCUCGACCUCUCUUCAAACAAGCUCACCGGGUGA